AGUCCUUUAAUUAGGAUCUCAAUUUAUCUCUGUCCAGAAAGAUUUUGUCACGUAGAUCAAAGGCUAAUAAGGUGAUAUGAUAUAUAAACACAGAAAGUCAAAGCAUUAGAAUUGGUCCUAAUUCUGCAUUCUUAUUAUUUUAGAGGGUUGAAUUGAAUAUAAAUUAAAGUGGGAAUUAAGAAGCGUCAAAUGGAAGAGAAUGGUGAUCUAGAGUCGUUGAAUUGAGCAAGAGGUAAUGAGAUGGAAAUUGUUAUCGUGAAGACCAGAACCCAAAUGUAAAACCAUAUGAUCAUCAGCGUGAAGAUCAUCAAGAAACAAGCUGUGCUGCAGUACUUCUGACACAAGAAAGGGAAGACCAUACAAAAACGAGGAAUUAAUUCAUGGAGGAAAAACUACUGGAUUUGCUAAGCAGUUUACCGGAUGAGAUCCUUUGCCGCAUCAUUGCGUUUCUGCCUUGUGAAUCUGCACUGGAGACCAGCUUCCUUUCUACUCGAUGGAGAGACCUUUGGAACACAGCUUUAGUGCAACGAGGAACAAUAGAAGCUGCUGCCACCGCAAUUUCUGGAUUCUUAACUCAAUUUGAUGAGCGCGAUCCCUUGAGGCAACCCCGGAAACUUCGAUAUCACUUCUGCAAAGAUGGCGUUCUCUUGGCUACCAUCGCAGCUAAUAAUAAACUUUAUGUGGAUUUCUCGGCUGGGAAGCAAGGAUUUUCAAAGCAGUUUGGUUGGAAGUUGGAGCUGAAUCGCCAAAACCUUACCAACCUGCAGCCAAGUUCUUCUACGGCCGCCACCUUCGUCAAAACGCUUCAUCUAAAAUCGGUGAGCUCUCAGCUUACCAGUGAGGCUGUGUCUUCUAUGGUAUCGAAUUUUCAGUUUCUUGAAAACUUGAAAAUCGUUGAAUGCAACGGAUUAGAAGCUUUGGAAAUUGACGCCGGUUUGAAGCUUUUGAGCUUGACCAUCCUCGAUUGUCCGCAAUUAAAAUCUCUCCAUAUGAGAUCUUCGAAACUCAGGUAUUUCAAGUAUCGAGGUCUGCUCCCUUGGCUGUGGCCCGAAGAUCACUUUAACCUGAAAGAUGCCAUGCUAGAUUUCAGACAAGGCCCCGGCGACAUCAGCUUCAAGAGUGGUGAUUUCGACGCAACUCUAUUAACCAUAAAAAACGCCGAAACUCUUACACUAUGCAGAUGGACUUUUGAGACUCUGAUUUGGCCAUCGAUUUCCUGUGUACUUAGUCACUUCCAGUUCUACAAAUUGAAAGAGCUAUGGUGGAUUGAUAAUUACACUGAAAGAUAUAACAGUGACGCCUUGAUAUCCUUCCUGAAACUGUGUCCUGCCUUAGGGCAACUUUUUGUCACUAUUGACCCCUCGAGCUACAGCAUCCCAAACAGUACUGCUACGUACUCAAAACAAGACAAUAGGAAUCCAGAACUUGAACAUCUCAAGGUGAUAAAAAUGGAGGGAUUUAGAAAUCAAGAGGAUGAGACCUUACUGGCAGAGCAAUUGAGAAAGCUAGCCACCGUGGAUCCACAAAUCAUAGCAACAUCCGACAGGAAUGGAUCACGAAGUUUUGUCAAGGUUCCUUCAUAUCAGCCAAAGCUGCAGUGUGGGAGCCCACCCUGGUCACAGAAUGGAAAGCGUGCCAAUAAAUUUGCUCAAGUGAUGGGCAGUGAGGUGUAUCCUAAACAUGCUCACAUGGGUCCAUAAAUGUAACCCAGUCUUCAAAAUCUUUUUUCUUUUUCAUUUUCAGUGUAAAAUAUAUAUAUAU